AUGGAGUGGAGGGGUAUCCUAGUGUUACUUUUCUCACUCCUAGUGAUUUGCAUAGAGGCUAGGAUAUUGGAGAACUGCAAAUUGGUCAAGAAGAGUUCUACUUUAGAAGAAGAAAAAGGUAGCGAAAUUCUCAUAGGAAUUCCUAAUAAAGUAAGAAAUGGAGGAAGAAAUGGAGGCUCUGGUUUUAAUAACGACAUAGGUAGAGAAGGUGGAGUUGGUAAUAGAAUUGGUGGAGGGGAUGAAAAUCGUGGUGUUAUUAAUGGAGAGGGCAGAAAAGAUGACGGUAGUCUUAAAAAAGCUAGGCAACCUUUUGAUGGUAGUCGGGUCAUUCCUUUUUCAAAUGGAGGACCUGAUCAAGGAUACGGUAUAGGCAUUCCUUUAAUAAGAGGAGAUCCUGGCAUUAUUCCUUUAGUAGGAAAACAUCGUCAAGGAUAUGGUAGUGGUACUAACAUACCUUUGUUAGGAGGAUCAAGUGGUAUUCCAGGUAUACCUUUAAUAAGAGGAGCUCCUGGUGAUUUUCCUGUUAUUCCUUUAAUAAGUGAAGAACCUGGCAAAGGAUAUGGUAGAAUUUCUGGAAUUCCCGGUAUACCACUAAUAGGACAGAUACCUACUGGGCUGCCUACUGGAACUGGAUAUGGUGAUAUACCAAGUAUUGUUCCUAAGCAAGAAUAUGGCAGUGUGCCUGGAUAUGGUGUUAAUCCUGGAGUACCAGAAAAAGGUGGUGGUGUUGUAGGAGGAGUAGAAGGAGGCAUUGGAAAGGGUGGAGGAAUUGUAGGAGUCGAUGGAGGGGUUGGAGGAGGCGUUGGUAAGGGAGGAGGCAUAGGAAAGGGUGAAGGAAUUGGUGGAGGUGUUGGAGGAGGCAUAAGAAAGGGUGAAGACACUGGUGGAGGAGUUGGAGGAGGCAUAGGAAAGGGUGGAGGAAUUGGUGGAGGCACUGGAGGAGGAGUUGGAGGAGGCAUAGGAAAUGGUGGUGGAAUUGGUGGAGGAAUUGGAGGAGGAAUUGGAGGAGGCAUAGGAAAGGGUGGAGGAUUUGGUGGAGGGGCUGGAGGAGGAGUUGGAGGAGGGAUAGAUAAAGGAAUUAGGGUUGGGGUUGGGGUUGGGGUUGGUGGAGGGGUUGGAGGAGGAAUUGGAGGGGGUAUUGGUAAGGGUAGAGGAGUUGGUGGAGGGGCUGAAGGAGGUCUAGGAGGAGGCAUCGGAAAGGGAACUGGUGCAGGAAUAAGUGGGGGAUUUGGAGGUGGAGGAGGUCGCAGCUUUGGGGGAGGAGUGGUUGGAGGAGCUAGAGGAGGUCUAGGAGGAGGCAUCGGAAAGGGAAUUGGUGCAGGAAUAGGUGGGGGAUUUGGAGGUGGAGGAGGUGGCAGCUUUGGGGGAGGAGUGGGUGGAGGAGUUGGUGGAGGGCCUGGAAGAGGUCUAGGAGGAGGCAUCGGAAAGGGAAUUGGUGCAGGAAUAGGUGGGGGAUUUGGAGGUGGAGGAGGUGGCGGCUUUGGAACAGGUGGUGGAAAAGGGAUUAAUGGCUGUAUUGGAGGUGAAGUUGGUGGAGGAUUUGGAGGUGGAGCUGGUGGAGGAUUUGGAGGUGGUGUAAAUGAUGGUAUUGGUGGAGGGCUAGGUGGUGGUGCUGGAGAUGGAUUCGGAGGAGCUAUAGGAUAUGAUGGAAGCAUAGCGGGUGGAGCUGGUGGAGGAGGAGGGUUUGGAGUUGGUGGAAGCGGUUUUGGAUUAGGAGCUGGUUUAGGGGGAGGUAUAGGAGUAGCAAGUGAUGGUGGGGUUGGCAAUGGACUCGGUGGUGGCGGUGGUGGCGGAGUUGAGGCGAAUAUAUCAUUAACAAGUAUAACUAAUGCGCUAUAA